CAGCGACACCGUUGCUAGGUAGCUGCUUGUGUCAGCAAGUCGUGAAGGAGGAGCUGCUGAGAAACUUGCCGUCAAAAUAGCAGCCGUAGGAAGAUAAGUGACCUUUCUUUCUCUUUUAAAUAGCCGGUUAUUUAUUAUGAGGCACCGGCUUCUUUAAAGAGGACCACAGCUCGUUAAGUGUCUGAUUUAGCCCCACCGCGAACGCAAACUUCAGCAGUUCAUCCGCGAACACCACCCCCCCUCUUACAACGCGCCAUUGGUUUCGCCCAGGGACUCGCUCCAGCACUCACAGCAGACAACAGGACUACAAUACACUGAUUUUAUGCUAUAAUGUUUAUGCACACGUCAGUGGUCGGUAGUAAUGGCGUUACACACCACGAGCCCUGAGUAGUCUUGGAAACACGGCUGGAAGCAGACGCGUUCACCAAGGAGGCCUCGGUGUGUCUGAGCGGCGGCUGUGGUCGGAGUGGGACGAGGAAGAGAGCUGCACUGGAAUAAUAAAUAAGAUGGAGCAGAAAACUGAAACGACUUCUUGGAAGUUCAGCUUUGACGUCAGGCACAGAAAGUAAAAGCUUCUCACCUCCCCCCCCGCCCCUUGUCCCCCCACCCCUCCCUCCCUUCCUACCCUGGCAGCUAUAAGUAAGUCUUGGUAGCGCAGACCCCCGAGGAAUCCUCCCAUUUUGCACCCUUUCCCACCACUGCUACCCGUGCCGAGUCAGACUCUUCUGCUUAUGCUACCGAAGCGGGCCAAGGAAGAUGCUCAGAUGAUCCAUCGGGCCAUUCUGAACCACAUUGUCCACGCAGCUGGGGGUAGGGAAGAGUAUCUAGUGCCGGUGUGAGAGAGUCCUCGGGGGUGGGGCUGGGGGGGUUGCUGUGAGCACCUUGUGAGGCUCGCCCACCAAGCCUGGCAGAAAGCUCGGCUUACCUCUUCUCUGCUCUAGCCCCUGAGAUGCCCUCCCCUCCUAAUGAUGGAGAGGAUCAAGGAGCGUCCCCCGUGAUCGGCCCAUCUGUGGGUUCCUACCAGAGCAGUGGGAAGAGGAAGGCGCACACCAAAAAGAAGAAGGGCACUAUUACUGCCAACGUCGCUGGCACCAAAUAUGAAAUAGUACGCAUAGCCAUCAGGGAGAUGGGCUUCAUCAAAGCACGGGAUGAUGAUGAGACUGCCAACCUCAUCUGGAAUGACUCAGCGGUGCAGCAUGAGAAGAUUGCUGAGCUCAGGAACUAUCAGAGAAUUAACCAUUUCCCUGGCAUGGGCGAAAUCUGCCGGAAAGACUGCCUCGCAAGAAACAUGUCCAAAAUGAUCAAGUGCCAGCCUCAGGAGUACAGCUUCAUUCCCAAAACCUGGAUCUUCCCCGCAGAAUACACUCAGUUCCAGAACUACGUCAAAGAGCUGCGCAGGAGACGCAAGCAGAAGACCUUUAUUGUCAAACCUGCCAAUGGAGCCAUGGGUCAUGGGAUCUCGCUUAUCCGUAACUGUGAGAAGCUGCCAGCCCAGGAGCACUUUAUUGUGCAGGAGUACCUGGACAAGCCCUUCCUGAUGGAGGGCUACAAAUUUGACCUGCGCAUCUACAUCCUGGUCACUUCCUGCGACCCGCUUCGCAUUUUCCUGUACAACGACGGCCUGGUUCGCAUGGGCACCGAGAAGUACCACUCGCCCAACGAGGCCAACCUGAGCCAGCUUUACAUGCAUCUGACAAACUACUCUGUCAACAAACACAAUGAGAACUUUGAGCGAGACGAGACGGUGGACAAAGGCAGCAAGAGGUCCAUCAGCUGGUUCACCGAGUUCCUCCGCAUCAACGACUAUGACGUGGCCAAGUUCUGGGGAGACAUCUCCGAGUUGGUGGUGAAAACACUGAUAGUGGCUGAGCCCCAUGUGCUGCACGCCUACCGCAUGUGCCGCCCCGGACAACCACCAGGGAGCGACAGUGUCUGCUUUGAGGUCCUGGGCUUUGACAUCAUACUGGACCGCAAACUCAAACCCUGGUUGCUGGAGAUCAAUCGAGCUCCGAGCUUUGGGACUGAUCAGAAGAUCGAUUACGAUGUGAAGAAAGGGGUGCUUCUCAAUGCUCUCAAACUCCUCAACAUCAGGGCCAGUGAUAAGAAAAGAAACCUGGCUCAAGAGAAGGCGGAAGCUCAGAGACGCCUUUAUGGACAUGGCUCCAUGAAGAAACUUUCAGCAGCUUCCUCUGACUGGGAGAAACAACGUCACACACUGGAGCGAAGAAAAGAGGAACUGAAAGAGCGACUUGCACAGGUUCGCAAACAGGUUUCCAGGGAAGAAACAUGAAAAUCAACAUCUGGGAAAUUACAGACGUAUUUACCCCCA